AUGGUGUGGUGGGCCAACACCUGUAAACGUAAAGAUAUUGUUGGUCUAGGACUGCCAUCGUUUCAAGCUCUCCGUUAUGAUUUUGAUUGUUCACUAAUUUUGAGGAUUUAUAAUGGUGAUGCCUUACUGUCGCAUUGGUUUUAUAUUAAAUACGGAUCUCCUUGGAAAAAUCCACCCAUUUACUCCUCCAUGUGGAAAAGCAUUUGCAGUUCUGCAAACUUUGCUAAACCAAAUAUGAAUUUUAGAGUUACUGUUAACUCUAUGUUUUCUCUUAAAUGGGAUCAUUGGCGUGGUGGCCGUAAUAUAUGUGAUUUUGAUUACCAUCAAUCCCUACUCAAGCACUUUCCUGAUAAUGCUCCUCUAAAUUUACUGUUUAAUGAAGCUGGGUGGGUUAUUCCUAAUGGCUGUCAUGAAGAUAUUUCUAAUGCUAUAAGAUCCAUCCCUAUUCUUAGGGAUGGUUCUGCUCCGUCUCUGGUAUGGGUUGAAGGUAAGCAUUGCUUUGCUUCCUUUGUUAAGGAUUUUUAUAAAUCUGAUAAUGAGGUGACAUGGCGUGAAUUUGUUUGGCACAAACAUUAUGCUUUGAGAUAUUCUAUAUUUGGGUGGCUCUCUCUGGUUGGGGGAUUAAAGACGGCGGACAAUCUUAUUAGAAGAAAUAGUAUGGUUGACCCAAAAUGCUGUUUCUGCUUGGAUACUUCUAAAUCUCUCUCUCAUCUCUUUUUUGAAUGUGGUUUUUCUCAUUGUCUUAUCUCUGAAAUGCUGCCUUCUCUUAACACCUUUCUUAUGCGGCCUAAUUUACACCAUAUUUUGGAAUUUUUGAAAGCUGAUGGCUCUUUCAAUUCGGAAAGGGGGGCUAUGAUGGGUGGAUUGCCAUCCUUCACCCCUGGACGGCGACUUUUGCAACAAUUUUCUUUGAUGGCAACUCUUGCAACCGGUGGAUUUCUUUUUCGGUCUAUCGGAGGCAAUCUACUAAAGCUGGGCCGUUAA